CGCAAUAGGUCAUAGUACUGUGUACUAGCUAGAAGCCUUGAGAAUGCCAACUUCGUUUCGUGGCAAUGCGGCUACCUUCUUUCUGCUAAUGGUUUCGCGGUUAGACGUUAGGGCUCAGAAAAGGAGGCGUCAGAGGAGGCUCGUUCGCCGUCGGCAACGAGGGGUCCUUCUCGUUUUACUCUGUUUACUCCAGUGUGUUCUAAAAGUGGUAGCUAGAAUGCGUCCCACCGGUCGAACAUUAUGGAUCAAACCGAGAGAAUCAAGGUGGUGGGACAGAAUGCUUGCGGAAGCAUCAGAUACUGAUUGGAGAGAGAAUUUCAGGAUGUCAAGAGGAACUUUCAUGAGUCUGUGCAAUGAUAUACGACAUCUGAUCACGAAGAAGUCCACCCACUUGAGAGUCCCUAUAUCGCCAGAGAAGAGACUAGCCUUGACUUUAUACAGGUUGGCUGGCAGUGAAUAUUAUAGGACUGUCUCAAACUUGUUUGGCGUUGGUGUGUCAACUGCUAGCACUAUUUCCAAUGAAGUAUGUCAGGCAAUCGUUUCCCACUUGAGUGGUCAGUAUGUCCAGAUGCCACAAGGAGAUCGCUUGAAGAAAGUCAUUGAACGGUUCAGAAAUAUUGGUCAUGGGUUCCCUCAAAUUGGUGGAGCAGUAGAUGGGUCACACAUACCUAUUAAAAGUCCACCUCUCAAUCCAGCCUGUUAUAUCAAUCGUAAAGGGUUUCACUCAAUUAUACUUCAAGCUGUGGUAGAUUCAUUUCUUUACUUCAACGAUAUCUGUAUUGGCUGGCCAGGACGAGUCCACGAUGCUCGUGUUCUUGCUAACAGUCACCUCUUUGCAGUUGCUGAACGUGCUGGAACAGCCUUUCCUGGAAGUGAGACUGUUGUCUGUAAUGGUGCUCGAAUACCUGUUUUAAUUCUGGGAGAUCCAGCCUACCCUUUGAAAAGUUGGCUAAUGAAAGCAUAUCCCGAGAGCGCCAAUAUGAGGGAGUCUGAAAAAAGUUUCAACUACAAACUGAGUUGUGCUCGAAUCGCAGUGGAAAGGGCAUUUGGGCUACUCAAAGGUAGGUGGCGAAUUCUGUUAAAUCAGCAAGAGACUGACAUCAACAACGUUCAAGUAGUCGUUAUUGCUUGCUGUACCUUACAUAACUAUUGUUUGGCACACAAUGAAAUCAACGAUGACUACAGUGAAACUGAAACAAUAUGUGAUCUUGAAUCAGGAUUGGCAGCUAUUGGAAGGAGAGAUAUGGCGGCACCAGCAAUCCGAGAUAAUAUCAGAGACUAUUUAGAUAUAUAGAGUUAAUUAACAAGAGGGCUGUAGUAGUAGUCUCACGUUUGAGAGUUCUGUGGGGGAAGGGAGGGGAGAACAUGGAUGCGUGUCCAGAUGUUCGAGAAUGCUGAAGGGUGGAUGGUUGGGAGAACAAACUCUCUCUUCCCCACCCCAUGGCACUCUCAAAUGUCAGGCCACGAAUCCAUGUGCUUCCCUCUUCUCUCCCCUCCCCCACAGAACUCUCAAACAUCUGGUACACAGGAGACUACUGCAAUCAGAACAUGGUUACAUUGUGUUAUUAAAACAAUCUGUUAAUUAACAUAGUGUUGUUAAAACAAUGUGAUAAAAAUAUUGUUAGAACAGUAUUAACUAAAACAGUGUUGACCAAUGUUAAAAUAUUGCUAGAACAGUAUUAAUAAGAACAUUGUGUUGUUAAGAACUGUGUGUUAACAAUAUAGUUAGAACUAAAACUUUGUGUUGUUAGAACAGUGUGUUGAAACAGUGUGCUUUAAUUUUUUUGGGAAUUUUGUGCUACUGGUUUGCAUUGUCAGGUUCUUCCAUUUGUUGUCCUGUAAGAAUUCGUAAUGCAUUGAGCAAGAAUGCAUCUCUUCGUUCAGCCUCUCUUCUCUCUCGCUCUUCUCUCUCUCUGUCAGCAUCUUCCAUCCUUGACAUCAAAUCCACGAUCUUUUCCCCAAAUUGAGUAAGUUCAUUCACAACUCUAUCAAGGCCACUGCUUUCUUGUCUUUUUCGUAUUUUGGGUGCACUAGGAGGUGCACUAGGAGGUGCACUAGGAGGGGUAUGGUGCCUACUAGAACUGGCAGGUGUUUCAGAGAAGCAUGGGCUUUGGUCACUGCAAUCUGGAGGUGUACCACUGCUAUUUCCGGAUACACAUUCAGCUCCUGUUUGAGUAGAGUCGUACGGAGAGGCAACUAAGGAAGAGGACAAUAAUGUACAGAUACCAUCAGAAGACUCGUAUACAUUAGUAGGUGACACAGAUGGACAGUCACCUAACACCAUGUCCAUAGCAUCAUAGUACGCAAAAUCACUUGUUGUAUUUCCUUCUCCACUUCUUCUUACUCGAUCCUUGACCAGUCUGUAAUCUUUUUUUAGAUUAUUUAUUUUUUCUUUGCACUGCUCUGGUGUUCUGAUGAACUUAUGUUUGGCUAGAUCUUGUGAUAUUUCCUGCCAUAUUUUGCUCUUGCUACCAGGCUUUGAGCGGUUUCACACUGGUGGUUAGACCGUGGUAAAGUUCGGUUAAGUUAGGUUAGCUAACUCAAGUUAACCAAGAUAGGUUGCGGCAACCAACGUGGUUUCACACUGUCUCGGAAAUGGUCAUGCGCGCUACUGCAUCACUAUGCAUUACUAGGCACUUAUAAUACCUUGUACCUAACCCGGAUAAUGGCGGGAAGCUACCGAACUGGCGAUACGUUUCGGCACUAUCAAGCCUUGGGUCAACUCACCGUUGAUAGCCAGGAGCCUCUACAAACUGCAGAGACAACUGAUCAGUAUCCCCUAGGCUGGAAUCCGUCUGGAGCCAGUCAAGAAACCAGUCAAGAACAGGAAGCCAGUCAAGAGCAAACUGACCAUCAAAUUGAUCAACGUGUAGAAAAUUCUGGAAGACAAGGAAGAAAGAGAAAGUCUCGUCAAUUUUCUUAUGAAGAAACGACGUGCCUCAUCAACCUGUGGUCACACUCGCGAAUACAGAAUCUCCUGACAAGGCCUACAGCAGAAGGUCCUAGCAGAACGAGACCUGACACUGGAAAAGGCACUGUCGCUAACUCAAGCGCACGAAACCGCGAGACAUGAACUGAAAUUGUUGCGAGGAGAACCGCAAUCAAGUCGACAAACAUACCAAGCAGCGGAGACAACGUUUACCGUGCAAGCAUCCGGAGGUAGGCGGUUCACUCCCAGGGAUAGCACAGCUAGAGAGCGUGUUUGCCAUCGUUGUGACGGACGCAAUCACGACUCUGAAAAGUGUUGGUACAAGAGCGCCACUUGCCGGGUUUGCAACGUUAGAGGUCAUAUCGCCAAAGCUUGCAGGAAACGGAAGCAAUCUGGCCAGAAGUAUCGAGCGAGUUACGUCUCGGAAUUUCAGAACCGCAAGCAAGCCACGAAGUCGACGAAAUCCAGACACCAACCGAACCAAGUCGAAGAAGACGACGAGGUGAGUAUGAUAUAUACUCUGACAGACAAACAGAACGCACCUAAAGUCACCGUGGAAAUUGCGGGGGCGUUAGUGACAAUGGAAGUCGAUACCGGGGCAUCUAUGACUGUGAUACCUGCGUACAUAUACAAACGUUUUCUGACUCACGUGAAGUUACAGAAGAGUAGAGUCAAACUUCAGACAUACUCCGGAGAACCACUGACGGUAAGGGGGGAAGCUUACGUUCCAAUCCGUUACGGCAACCAGACCGCACGUGAGAAAAUGGUAGUUGUUGAAGUUCAAAACAAACCGGCAGUCUUGGAGCGAGACUGGCUUUCACAGAUCCGACUGGAUUGGCACAUGUUAUUUAGGGUUGACAGACCGACUAGCCCGCGGAAAACGCUGGGUACCGAUUAUACUAAGAGAUACCCCCAAUUGUUUGACAAGGGAAUUGGAACACUGAACGGAUUCGAAGCACGCAUUACACUAAGAAAGGAUGCAGUGCCGAAGUUCCAUAGACCGCGACCGGUACCCCACGCCCUACACAGUAAAGUAGACGAAGAACUGGACCGUUUGCAACAGGAGGGAAUAAUUCGACAAAUUAACAGAAGCGAGUGGGCAUCACCUAUUGUAAUUGUAAGGAAGGCUGACGGGUCAAUACGGGUAUGUGCUGACUACAAAGUUAGUGUGAACCCUUACCUAGAGACGGAAUGCUACCCAAUGCCUAAUCCGCAAGACCUGUUUUCAACCCUAGCAGGGGGAAGAGUCUUCACUCGUUUGGACAUGAAACAGGCAUACCAACAAAUGAAGAUUAGCCCAGACUCUCAGGCAUACUUGACAAUCAAUGCUAGCAAGGGACUCUUUGUGUAUACAAGGAUGCCGUUUGAGAUCACAUCUGCACCUGCUAUUUGGCAAAAGGCCAUGGAUGAAAUUUUAGCAGGCAUUCCAGGAUGCAUAUGCUACUUAGAUGACAUACUGGUAGUAGGAGGUAGCCAGGAGGAACAUGACCAGCGGUUAGACAUUGUGUUGGACUGACUGAAUAAGAGAGGUAUUCGACUAAAAGAAGAGAAGUGCACAUUCAACACUUCGGAAGUGGAGUAUUUGGGACACCUAAUUAGCGAGAAGGGGCUCAGACCAUUGGAGAGUAAGUAUGGAGCAAUUAGAGAGGCUCCCCAACCACAGAAUGUAACUCAAUUAAAGUCAUACUUGGGUUUACUCAACUACUAUGGUCGAUUUUUACCGCAUAUCUCAACUACCCUCCAACCUUUGUACAAACUACUCCAGAAGUCUACGCCAUGGAUUUGGAAGAAAUCACAACAAAAAGCUUUUGAAAAAAGCAAAGAGAAACUAUUGAAUUCGAGCUGCCUAACGCAUUACGAUAUGGCAAAACCAUUAUGACUCAAGUGUGACGCCUCGCCAGAAGGAAUUGGGGCUUGUUUGACGCACGUUAUGCCAGAUGGAACUGAACAACCGAUUGUAUUCACAUCCAGAACAUUGUCUUCAACUGAAAGAGGUUAUGCACAGUUGGAAAGGGAAGCCUUAGCUCUUAUCAACGGUGUACGACAGUUCCACAAGUAUUUGAUCGGACGUAAACUUACACUAGUGACAGACCAUAGACCUUUACUUAAAAUAUUAGGACCGAAACAAGGGAUCCCGACUUUGGCAGCUGCUAGAUUGCAGCGUUGGGCAAUAGUACUGAGUGCGUAUGAUUACGAUUUAGAGUUUACUCCCGGAAUACACAAUCAAGAAGCGGACAUGCUGUCCAGACUUCCACUGCCUGUGGAAGCGAUCGAUCCUAACAAAAUUACGUACCAUAUAAAUUACUUGGACACUUUGCCAGUUACAGCAGACCAAGUGAAACAAGGGAUGGCUAACCAAUGGGUCGCCUGAACUACACAGUUAUGCCAAGAGGUCAACCGAGUUAUCUAUUACCGAGGGAUGUCUAAUAUAUGGAGGAAGAGUAGUGAUUCCAUAUUCACUACAAAAACAAGUAUUGUCUGAACUACACACAGGACAUAUAGGAAUGGUGCGAAUGAAGGCGACGGCUAGAAGUUUUGUGUGGUGGCCUGUCUUGGACAGGGAUGUUGAGAGUAUAGUCAGAUCAUGUUCCACGUGUCAGGAACAACGGAAUAAACCUGCAAGUUCAACCCAACUCAUCCUUGGAUAUACCGGGAAGGUCCUUGGGAAUGUGUCCACGCAGACUUUGCGGAGUACGGAGGAAGACACUACUUAUUGUUAGUAGAUGCGUUUUCAAAGUGGCCAGAGGUCCAUGAAUUACGCAAGAAUACUACUGCUUGCCAGACAGUAGAAUGUAUGAGAAGAACAUUUGCAACUCAUGGAAUACCAUAUUGUAUGGUAACUGACAAUGGACCUCAAUUCCUAUCAGAGGAGUUUAGUAAUUCAUGUGCUCAAAUGGCAUCCACCAUCAACGUACCCCACCAUAUCAUCCAUCCACGAAUGGACAGGUGGAGAGGAUGGUACAGGAAUUAAAGAAGAGCUUGAAGCCUAAGCCAUCAGAGUGAACAUGGAGUCACCAAGUGUCAUUGUUCUUACUUCAUUAUCGGACUACCCCACACGGGACGAGUGGAAAGACUCCAGCUGAGUUGCUGAUGAAACGUUCUCUUAGGACGAGACUGAGCCUGUUGAAACUCGGAAGCUGGAAAAAGAUACGAGAUCAUCAAAGAGAAGAAUUUAACCAGGCUACAACCAAUGUAAGAGAAAUGGGUCCAGGAGGCACUGUUUCUGUCUGGAAUCCAAGAAGGGAUGGUCGAAGUAAAUGGAUCGCAGGAAGAGUGACACAACAACUGGGACCAACAUCUUAAUUGGUAAAUGUAGACGGACACAUAAGAUACGUGCAUAUUGAUCACUUGAUAACAAGAGAUGCGACCAAGACACAAGUGAUUCUGCCAGAAGAACCGGAUAUCUUGCCAGCUACAGUUGUACCAGAUUCAUCAGGACCCGUGUUAGAAGAUCCUACACUUCCAGCAAGUACACUUACACCUACGGAGACUACAGAUGAGGAGCAUGUCAUGAGGAAAUCCACUGAGACUAAAAUCCAGUCACAGACAAUGGAGCAACUGAACCUCAGAAGGAAAUCAGUCAAAGGAGAUAUCCAACUCGAGAGAACAGACAGCUACCUCUCAGGUAUCGAAAAAACUAAAAGGAGAGGAGUGUAGUGUAUGACACUUAAUUAGAUUAGACCUAGCUGGUAUGGUAUGUAGUAAUUAGACAUAGCACUAUUUGGUUAGUACGUUAGUGAGCGUUGUAGAGUGUGUAAUAACAAGUGAGUCUAACUAA